AUGAGCAUUACUGCAGAUGUUUACUAUGAAGAACUAAACACAAUAAUAGGGAAGCUCGCAUGUCUCCAACCAGCUUUGGUCAAUCGCUCGGCUCCGCUGCUCCUGCACGACAACGCGCGACCUCAUACUGCACAGCAGACGGUCUCCAAGUUACAAGAGCUGGGGCUGGAAGUUCUCCGUCAUCCACAGUACCCCAGUGGUACAAAGGGCCCUCGUGAGACGUCUCCAUCCACUCCUGUCCUGUGCCUCUCGCUCCACGUCCCUCCAACUAAGCCCGGCCGCUCGCAGCUCGGCGUCGAUAGUCCGCUGCCACGUGUGCGCCGGCCGGCCCCGUCUCCUACUCCCGCGCGGCCUCCACGUGAACGCGACCCUGGCGGCGCUAUCCUCUGGUGGCCCCACACACUCAUCACGAUGUUUAACAACUUACCAUCAUUAGAAAAACUUGAUGUAGAAGGCGAUAAUGCAUCAUUAGGACAGCGAUGGGAAAAGUGGAAACGAUCUUUAAACAUAUACUUAGAGGCAACGGAGAUUACGACACCAGUAAAGAAAAGGGCGACAUUACUAUUGCUUGGUGGAUCAAACCUACAAGAAAUAUUCUAUAACUUACCAGGGGCUAAUGCGGAACCAAGUAACAACAACAAUGUUUUUGAUAUAGCAAUACAAAAGCUGGAUGACUAUUUUACUCCUAAACAGAGUAAAGUGUAUGAAAGGCAUAUCUUUCGCCUUCUUAGACAAGAAGAGGGGGAGAAGUUUGAAAAAUUUAUUGUUAGGUUAAGGAAUCAAGCGGAAAAAUGUCAAUUUGAUAAGCCGGAAGAGCAUUUAAUAGACCAAGUUGCAGAGAAAUGUCUAUCGACAGAUUUGAGGAAGAAAAUAUUGACAAUAGGAGACAGUAUAACAUUAGAAAAGAUAAUAACGGAAGCUAAUACGCUAGAAGUUGUCAGUAGACAGUUGGAGGAAUAUGGACAGAAAAACAAGAACCAUGACGUUAACGCUAUUGUUCCUACUAAAGGAAAUAAAAACAAUUCGAGAUUCGACACUAAAAAAAUCAAGAUUAUUCCAGACAAAGCAUGUGGCAGGUGUGGUAACUCUAAGCACACUGCGGAUGGAAAAAGUUGCCCAGCAAUAGGAAAAACUUGUCAUUUCUGCGGCAAGUUAGGUCAUUUUCGACAAUAUUGCAAGUCACAACUACAAAGGAAGAGGAAAAUAGAAGAAGAUGAUACACAAAAAGAAGGAAGACUAUCGAAACAAUGGAAGAAACGGAAAGAAAUUAAUAAUGUCACAGAAGAAGAAGUUGACUACGUUUUUAAUAUUAACAACGAUGCAGAUAUAGAGUGUGAUGUUGGAGGCAUAAAAACAAAGAUGUUAAUCGAUUCUGGGUCAAAGUACAAUUUAAUUACAGAUCGGACAUGGACAAUGUUAAAAGAGAAAGGAGUCACAUGCUUAAGCCAAAAUAAAAAUUCUGAAAAAACUCUUUUAGCGUACGGCAGUAAAACUCCGUUAGACAUUUUAGGAUCAUUUGAGACCACGAUUAAGGUAAAUAAUCGCGAAGUUACCGCUCAUCUAUAUGUAAUCGCAAAUGGAUCCAGAAACUUGCUAGGUAAAGAUAGUGCCAUAAAUCUCGGGGUUUUGAAACUAGGUGUUGACGUCAAUCAAGUUAAAAAUGAGCCGUUUCCAAAAUUCAAAGAUGUUUUGGUCCAAAUACCAAUAGAUGAUUCCCAAAAACCAGUUUCUCAGCCGUAUCGGCGAAUACCUAUACCAAUAGAAGAAAAAAUUGAAAUGAAAAUCAAGGAGUUAUUAGAAUGUGACAUAAUAGAAGAAGUUCAUGAACCAUCGAAAUGGAUAUCUCCUAUAGUACCGAUACUAAAAGAUAAUGGAGAAUUACGUCUAUGUGUAGACAUGAGACGUGCCAAUACGGCCAUUAUGCGUGAGAACCAUCCAUUACCUUCGAUGGAGCACCUUUUGCCAAAAAUUAGGAAAGCCAAGUACUUUACUAAACUAGAUAUUAAGAACGCGUUCCACCAAGUGGAACUUCACCCGGACUCAAGGUACAUCACGACUUUUAUUAGUUCCAAAGGUCUUUAUCGAUAUAAGCGCCUUAUGUUCGGUAUCACUUGUGCACCAGAAUUAUUUCAAAAGAUACUGGAAAAAAUGCUUCUGAAAUGUGAUGGUGCUAUAAAUUUCAUCGACGAUAUCCUGAUCUAUGGUCGGACAGAGCAAGAACAUGAUUUGCGUCUUCAAAAUGUAUCGCAAGUGCUAAAGGAAAAUAAUGUUCUCCUUAACAACGACAAAUGCUUAUACAAAGUCAAACAGGUUAGUUUUCUGGGACAUGAACUGUCCUCGGAGGGUGUCAGGCCAUUAAACAAAUAUAUGGAGAGUGUAGCCCAUUUUAGGGUUCCGAAAACCGUAGAGGAGCUAUAA